AUGAAUCAAAAAAAGAGUGGAGGAAGUAGUAAUGCAGGUGGUGCUUAUUAUGGAAGUAGUGGAGGUUCUUUGCCAUUGCGCUCGAUGAGCUCGUUGGCAGGUGAAACCAUUCUUGCAUUUUUCAAUUGGUCGUUGGUCGUAGAGUACAUCUCGAUCAUCUGGUUCUACCCGAUGGGAUUCAUGGGUUUCACCGGUAUGGAGGCAUUCCUGGUGAUGAUGUUCACACCGAUACUUCUCUUUGGUUUCGUUCGUCAUUUUCUCGGUGGCAAGACCGGCGUACUAGUGCGUAUGGCCGCGUUGUUGGUUGCACUCGCCGCACUCUACCCAUACGAUAUCAACGAUCCCAAGAGUGUCGAGAAGCAUGAGCUCAUUCUCUGGAAGAAUCCACACGUCACCAAGACUGUGUUUGUCGGUAUCGGUCUCGCACUCGACUGGCUCUGUCAGUGUCGUGCAUUCAUUGCCAAUGCCGGUUCGAACCAACGUCGUGAGCGUGUUGCCUUCUCCUAUAUGAUGGCUAUCGUCUUCCACGCUUUGAUUCGUUUGCCAUAUUUGUCGGUGAAUCCAUUCAUGACCUGGAAGAACUGGAUCGUUUUCGGUGCAGCGUUGGUUGUUUUCGCAGCGGUCGUUCUGUUGCGUGAGAGCACCGAGGAGUCGGAACGUCGUCGUCCAGUCAUGGAAGACGCUUCCAGUCCAUUGACCACCGGUAUUGGAUUCGGUGGAGUUCUCUUUAUGUCACAGUUGUUCCUCUCUACCUAUGGUGUCAUUCCACGUUGGUUGAAUCUCGGACCUUAUCCAGCCGGUAUCUUGGUUAUCGUUGCCAUGAUUGCCGGUGUCGUUAUCUCCAAGAAGACUUCGAUGUUGACAUCGCGUAACACCCUCAUUUUCAUGGUGGUCGUCGGUGCACUCUAUGGUUUCUGCUCUGGAACCGUUCCAACUGCCGUCGGUCUAUUCGGCUUGGUUCUCGGUUGUAUUUUAGUGAGCUACACAAUGGCUCUUUGGAAUGUCAUCAUCGAGAAGAUGUCGAAUACACAACGUCCAGUCUCAAUGUUUAUCUAUGCUUUCAUCACCUACACAAUCUUGUUGUUCUGGGCCAUCUACGUUGUUUCCUACAAGUUUGUACCAUGGUAUUUGGGUUCGACAUUGCUCAGAGAGCGUCACCAGACAAUGGUGAUCGCCGGUAUUCUUGCUAUGGGAGCGGGUGCACUCAACUUUGAUUCCGAACGCGGUCCAUCCUCGCCAAAGAAGGACAGCAGACACUCAUCGAUCGUCAGCUAUCCACCACGUGAAGUAUUCUAUGGAAUGUUCGUCGGUUUGGUUCUCCUCUUGUUGUUCUCUGUCAACCGUAACCUUUCCCACCCAACUCAAGCCGCUGUCGCCGGUAACCACUACGAGAGAAUCGUCACCCCGACCAGCGUCGAGAACAUUCCACCCACUGAAAUCAAAUCGAUGAUCUGGACUAUUCAUUUCGGAUACGAUAACUACGGUAGAAACUCAUUCCCCAACAUCACUGACGCGAUCCGUAGUCACGGAGCCAACGUCAUCGGUCUGCUAGAGUCGGAUCUCUCGCGUAUCAUGACAUCGAAUCGUGAUCUCGUUGAGUGGCUCGCCAGUGAGUUGCACAUGCACAGCGACUUUGGUCCAGCUCCAUCGCAAAACACUUGGGGUUGUGCCUUGCUCUCGAUUUUCCCAAUCGAAAGCAGCAAACACGUCAUCUUGCCAUCACCAGAGGGUGAACUGGCGUGUCUCAUCGAUGCCAUUAUACGUGUUGAUGGUGUAGCAGUUAAUGUUAUCGUUACUCACUUUGGUAACACCGAAGACAAGCUCGACCGUAAGCUUCAAGCUGAAGGUGCCGCCGCGAUCGUCAGCUCCAACAACAACAUGCCAACCGUAUUCCUCAGUUAUAUCACAGAGAAGACCGGUGGUGACAACUACAAGACUUUGCUCGCAGCCGGUCUCGAAGACACCACCACCCUGAAACGUUAUUGCGAAUAUGUAUUCUAUAGAGGUUUGGAAAUGACCAAAUUUGAACGUUGGUCAUGUGGAGAGAUUUCUGAUACCGAAGGUCAGCUCACAAACUUUAAAAUUAAAAAAAGUGCCUCUGGUGACGCCACCAACUAA